AUGCCGACCACGGAGAUCAUCACCAUCAUUAACAACUCGGGGAAGGUCAUCAGCACUGGCAAGCAACUAGUCAGCAUCUUCAAGGAGGCCCAGGCGGCCUACCGCGACAGGAGAGACGCCUUCAAGGCCGAGCGCGCCGGGAUCCAGCGGGCCAAGACCUUUGACGUCUCACAGCGCGGCGAUUCGUACUACGAUGACCACGCAAUCGACCAUGCCCACGAUCGCCGGCGGUCGUACGACGGCGACGACCGCCGGUCCCGCGCACCCUCCCGCUUCAGCCGUACUUCACGGCGGUCCGAAAGGCCCCGCUCGGCCGAGCGGGCCCUCCCGGCGCUGACGGAGGGCAAUCUCAAAACGCACUCCGAAGUGUCGGCGACGACCCCUUCCAAGGCCGGCUCCCGCCCUGCGUAUGCCGAGACAGCGGCUCCCCGGCAACCGCUCGCCAUUGGACCCCCACCAUCGGCCGCUCCCGAGUCAGCCACCGGGUCCGCUGCUGCCCGGGGCCAGCUCGUCCACCGCGCCCGCUCCGACUUCGCCGUGGUCAAGAAGAAGUCGAUCGACAUGGACCUCGCGUACGGCGACAUCCCGCCCGACCUGGCCGAGCGCGACGAUCUCGACUACCACCACCCCAACGAGCAACAGUACAGCGGAUCAUUCGAGCCCCGUGGUAGUAGUGAGGGCGGCGAAACGCCCGAGGAAGCGGCCGCGCUCAACCUGAUGGACCGCAUCGAGACGUUCCUCGAGGAGGCCCAGUGCAUGCACGAGAGCGCGACCUCCAUGAUCGAGCGGCUGCAGCGCAACCCGGAGGCGGCCGCCGCCGUGGCGCUGUCGCUGGCCGAGCUGAGCUCGCUACUGAGCAAGAUGGGCGCCCCGUUUCUGGCCUUCCUGAAGGGUGGCAGCCCGGCCGUGUUUGCCCUCCUCGCGAGCCCGCAGUUCCUCAUCGGUGCGAGCGUGGCCGUCGGGGUGACCGUGGUCAUGUUUGGCGGGCUGAAGAUUGUGAAGCGCAUCAGGGAGGCUGCGGAGAGGCAGAUGGAGGCGCCGUUUGAGAUGCGCGCUGCUGCUCCGGCUAUGGCCGCGGAGAAGCCCCUGCCUGCUGUCCCCUCCCCCAGCGCCUACGACGAGGCGCUUGUGCUACGGGAGGUCGAGGAGCUGAGCAGCAUCGAGACCUGGCGGCGCGGCAUCGUGCCCCUCGGCGCCGGCGAUGACGAAUCGGCCGCGGACGUGGAGCUGCUGAGCCGCGAGGCGGAGCGGGCUCUGCGCGAGAGCUUCCAGCGCGACCUGGACGAGGUCGAGCCGUGCGACUCGGUCUCGCAGGUCAGCCGCGCGCGGAGCGAUCGCAGCAGGCGGUCGUAUCGCAGCUACCGCAGUCGCCGGCCGCGGCAUGACCGCAUCGACGAAGACUCAGUCGCGGAUAGUAAAGUCUCGGAGCGGAAGAGCAGCAGCAAGACGAAGGAUCGGGACGGCGUAGAGAGCGAGGCGGCCAGCGAGAGGAGCCAUCGGAGCCAUCUGCGCAGCAGUCGCAGUCACCGCGAGGGCAAGCAUGAGGGAUCCGGGUCGUCGACUGCCUCGUCGCGCAACAAGCAUGAUGCCGGGUCGACGGUCUCGCGCUCGUCCAAGCACUCCUCCAAGGUCUCACUCAAGGCCAUCGACGAGAAGGAGAGGUUGGACGACGCCGGGAGUGCGGCGGGCAGCGCUGCAGGAAAACCCAAGAAGAGGGAGAUGAUUAAGCAGCUGUUCAAGAUGAAGAAGGAGAAGGAGGACCGCGAUAGAGCUGUUUCGGUUCUUGUCUGA